UAUAUUACCUACUGGAAGCAUUUGCAGCUUAGGCACCUGAUACUGAGACGCCAUCACCAACGUCAGCAUCUGCUUCGAGCUUGAGACGCCAUCAUUGAUUCGUUUUUUAAACGGUAUUAGUUAUUAAUUAACCCAAAUUAAACUUCUAUAUAAGCCCUUCAUCAUAUUGUAAAUCAUCAUCUGAAUUCUGUCAACUUUAGUUCUUUUCUGAUUUGUAGAGAUUCAAGAUGAAAGGAAUUUGCAAAAAGAGGUGUUUGGUUGAUUCGGAAACGCCGGCGAAUAACCGGACAAAUGUGGUGAUAGUUGGAGGAGGAAUUGGUGGUGCUCUACUUGCUAAGCAUCUUCAAAAUCAUGCGCAUGUCACUCUUAUUGAUCCAAAGAAGUAUUUUGAGAUCGCAUGGGCUUCCUUGAGAUCAAUGGUGGAUCUAUCAUCUGCCGAAAGGUCCUUGGUGAAUUAUAGUGAAUUUCUCCCACAAGUGAAGUUAAUUACUUCUUAUGCCUCACAUAUCACAGAGACCGAAGUAUUAACUGCACAGGGUGAUUGUGUUCCGUAUGAUUACCUUGUAAUUGCCACAGGUCAUGUAUACUCUGAUCCUGUUACCAGAAGCGAAGGUCUCCAUAAGUACCAAGAAGCAUUUGAUAAGAUAAAAUAUUCAAGUUCAAUAUUGAUCAUUGGAGGUGGCCCUAGUGGUGUAGAACUUGCUGGUGAAAUUGUUAGUGAGUUUCCCGAUAAGAAAAUUACUCUGGUACACCGUGGACCUAGACUGCUGCAGUUCAUUGGGCCUAAGGCAUCACAGAAGGCUUUGGAGUGGUUGAUCUCAAAGAAAGUGGAAGUGCUCCUUAAUCAAUCUGUUGAUUUGACAUCAUCCUCAGAAGGUGUGUAUCAAACUUCUGGUGGAGAGACUGUAGUUGCUGAUCAGUAUUUCUACUGCACUGGGACCCCAUCCGGCUCUUUAUGGCUUAAGGAAACAAUAUUGAAGGAGAAGUUGGAUACUCAAGGGAAACUGGAAGUUGAUGAGCACCUAAGGGUCAAGGGUCAUAGAAACAUCUUUGCUGUUGGAGAUAUUACAAAUGUUCCAGAACUAAAACAAGGUUUUUUGGCGAUGAGACAUGCUGACUUAACUGCAAAGAAUUUGAGGUUGCUACUUAGAGGAGGCAGUGAGGAGAAAAUGGGUGUUUACAAACCCGGAGGACCAAUGGCAUUUGUUUCUCUUGGAAAAAAAGAUGCUGUGGCAGAAGUUGGUGGUUUUACUAUGAGUGGCUGUCUUCCUGGACUGAUAAAAUCCGGAGAUUUGUUUGUGGGGAAAACAAGAAAGACAUAUGGCCUAAACUCUUAAGCUUUAGAUGGUAAUGAAAAAUAAUUUCCUCGGAAACUUGGCUAUUUUUAACCCUAUUUAUUUCUUUAAAUCAGCUUGAGUCAUUGAGUUUCAACAAACUACACAUUUGAGUGUAGUUUCGAUUUGUUUUUGUUAGUUAGUCUCCCAUGGGUGGAGCUAUGUUUGGUUGAGUUUUUCUUCUCUAUAGUCUCGUAUAGAUUGAUAUCUUGAUGGAGAUUUUUCCGGUGUCAAAGCAGAAUUCAGUUUCUUGUCAACAAUUACUUAUAUCAGAUGAAAAUCAACGUACUUCUAAUAUGAAGUAUAAAAGAUGGAUAGAUCUCCUUGUAAAAUUUAGUUCUACUUUAGUUGAAGGGAAGUCUUAUUUGAUUCGGAUUGAAUUGUAUACGUGAGAUUUAAAUCUAUACAAAUAUAUUAAAAGACGUGCGAAAGAAAACUUAUUUGUUGUGUGA